AUUUUUAAGUGAGACAGCGCGGCGCUGGGGGCCGGAGCCAGGACCGCGAUGGCAGCUCAGCGUCUGGGCAAGCGGGUGCUGAGCAAGCUGCAGUCUCCGUCGCGGGCUCGCGGCCCGGGGGGCAGCCCCCGGGGGCUGCAGAAACGACACGCGCGUGUCACCGUCAAGUACGACCGGCGGGAGCUGCAGCGGCGGCUAGACGUGGAGAAGUGGAUCGACGGGCGCUUGGAGGAGCUGUACGGCGGCAGGGAGGCAGACAUGCCUGAUGAGGUCAACAUUGACGAAUUGUUGGAAUUAGAGAGCGAAGACGACAGAAGCCGGAAAAUCCAGGGACUCCUGAAGUCGUGCAGGAACCCCACAGAGGACUUCGUUCAGGAGCUGCUGGGGAAGCUACGAGGCCUCCACAAGCAGCCCGGCGUCCACCCGCCAAGCCCCUCCGGGGACCGCAGCCUGAGCCCCCUCCAGGACCCAGCCCGGACCGCGCCACCCUGACCUUCUUGCCUCCGUGGCCCCCUCUCUUCUCCCCUACCCUCCACACCGUCCUGGCUUGUUUGUAAGUUGUAUGUAAUGGU